AACAGUAGAUUUUUACCAUAUUAAUAAAUAAUUGUAUAUUGUGUUCGUAGAUUCAACGAAUAUGGGUGGUGCACUGUGUAGUAGAAUUAGGCCUAAUAACGCCGGAGUGGAACGUCACAGACAAUCGCGGUCAAACAGUCAGUUGUUAAUGAAUAAGUGGAAGACAAACGAUGUGUUAUAUUUAAGUAUAAAGUCAAGAAGAGAUAAACUGCAUAAACCGAUAUCUGAGAGUACACAGAGAACUGUAGCCAAGUUUUCCCCUUGUCAGUUGAAUAAUUGUAAAUGUCAAGGAGGGAUUUUUAAAGGAGUUAAGCGUGAUCAUUUUGGAAGGAAAAAUAGUAUUUGCGUCAGGCCCGGUUGUAAUCAUCCACUAUCUGAUCAUAUAAGUCAUUUAAAAAAUGUUUCAAAGGGAGAGUUGACCAUGUUAAGGAAACUAACAUUUGAUAUCAUUAAUACUAAAAAAACUUUAAAAAAUUUAUCUAAAAAGCCCAAGUCAAAGAGGAAUAUGUUGUUAAAAAACAUUUUUGAAUCCGUUUAUGAUGUAUUGAAUAAAAGUACUCUUAUUCGUCCCCUUACAGCACCUAACAUUGAUACAAUCUAUGGAUCUCCACCAUUUGAAAGGACUAACAUAGAUCAAGUUUUGUUUAACUUUUGUAUGCAUAUCUUUAAUGAUGAUAAUAUUUUGGGAUUAAAAAAUGCGCUUAUACUCUCCAAAUUUGUACUAAAAUAUUUCGAUACUUGGAUGUGGACUAUUCCAAAAGAACAACUAAAAUGCAAUUCUCAAGAAUACUCGAAAAGUUAUAACUACUAUUAUUGUAGGUUUUUGAUGUAUUGUAGUCUACCCAGAUGUGUCCAUUCGAUUCCCUUACGUUACAGAGCUAGUAAGAUUUUUGGUCAAGAAGUCUUAAAAUAUACUCUUAAAGCAUUCAAAAUGCAAUUGCAAGUUUGGUGUUACAAACACAAUAUAAUGUGGGGAGAACAUACAAAAUUAUUUUGCUUGAACUAUUUGCCUAUAUACAUGGAUUUAUUGGAAAAAGAAGUUUUCAAUGAUAAGUCGCAAAUAUGGUUUGUGAAUUAUGAUGUUUCAGAUCUAAAACGAAAAACUAUUCUUCUGGAAUAUUCCUAAAUAAGAACUAAGCAAUAAUUAUUGCCUUGUAUUGUUUGAUUUUAAGUUAUACUUACCUAUUAAUAUCUUAAAUCAAUAGCUAGAAUUUAAAGUAAAUAAAUUGAAAGGAACACAAAAAAUAAAAAUAAAUAAUAUUAUAUAUCAUA